AAGAGAUGGUUGAGAGAGGCAUCAUACCAUCGUUGGUGACAUAUAACAUAAUCUUUAAAGGGUAUUUUAUGACUCGUCAAUUGAAUGAAGUUUAGGAGUUUUUCUUAGAGAUGAAGAGGAGGAAGUGCGAGAUUGAUGUUGUUACAUACACUACUAUGAUUUAUGGGUUCGGGGUUGCAGGAGAGGUUAAGAAAUCAAAGAGGGUUUUCGAUGAAAUGGUUGGAGAGGAGGUUGUUCCAAAUGUUACUACUUAUAAUGCUCCGGUGCAUGUUUUGUGCAAGAAGGAUAAUGUGGAGAAUGCUGUCUUGGUUUUUGAAGAGAUGGUGGUGAAGGGGUGUGUGCCAAAUUCAGUUUCUUACAAUGUUGUGAUAAGAGGGUUCUGUGAUGGAGAGGGCAUUGCGGUUUAUGGCUAGAAUGGAGAAAGACGGGUGUCAGCCAAAUGUUCAAACAUAUAAUGUGGUGAUUCGGUAUUUAUGUGAUGCUGGGGAUAUUGAAAAGGGUUUGGAGUUGCUUGAGAAGAUGGGGGAUGGGUCAUGCUUGCCGAAUCUAGAAACGUACAAUGUUUUGAUUAGCGCAAUAUUUGUUAGAAAGAAAUAUGAGAAUUUGAUGGUGGCUGGAAAAUUAUUGUUAGAGAUGAUCAA